GGGAGGAAUUUAAGGUGCCGGGCGGGGAACCUUUGCCUGUCAGGUCACAGCCAUGUCGUUCUGCAGCUUCUUCGGAGGCGAGGUUUUCCAGAAUCACUUCGAGCCAGGUAUCUAUGUGUGUGCCAAGUGUGGCUAUGAGUUGUUCUCCAGUCGCUCCAAGUAUGCGCACUCAUCCCCGUGGCCAGCAUUCACGGAGACCAUCCAUGCAGACAGUGUGACCAAGAACCCUGAGAAGAACCGACCGGGAGCUUUAAAGGUGUCCUGUGGCAAGUGUGGCAAUGGGUUGGGCCACGAGUUCCUGAAUGAUGGCCCCAAGCAUGGACAAUCCCGAUUCUGAAUAUUUAGCAGCUCACUGAAGUUCAUCCCUAAAGGAAAAGAAGCCCCUGCCUCCCAGGGGCACUAGGAGAUUUGAAUGGGACCGUCCUCACCAACCGCUUCAGCCUUGGUCACUGCAUGAUCUGCUCUGGUUAAAUCCUUCUAUGCCAGCCAGGGUGGUGAUGAUCUGUGACCUCGGAGAAGGAUUGCAGGUUGAUGCCAUGGACUCUUGGACCCUUGUCUUCUGGCAGAGAAAACAGAGCUCUGUUUCACAAUCUGUGGCUUCAUCUUGCCUCACUCAGGCUUGGGAAAGAGAUGGUUGCCCCAUUACCUGACUGAUGUAUUGGGGCCCUGCUCUCUCCACUCUCCCCAGUUUUACUGCAGGGGUGUCCCUCCCAGGAGAAAGCCACUGCACCUUGCUGCAUGUGCUUGGAAGCUCUUGAUGUCUGGGAGGGUGAUGCUGAAGCCCACCCCACCUUGAUUAUUCUCUGGACUGAUCAAAUGGAAAUCAAUAAAUAGCCUGGGCUUGUUGCCACA